CUCUCCUCUGCGUGCUGAAGCCAGGGGAGCUGGCUUAGCCCCGCAGCCCCCGGCCCUGCCCCAUCCCACCCUGUGCUGCCACCCCGGGGGUGCGGGAAGUAUCCCAGCAGAGCCGGUAACAUCCCCCGGCACUUUCCGGUGUCACACCGCGCACAAGACGACGAUCAAUCGCUCUGCCGGUAGGUGUGUCGGGGGAUGCCCACUGGCUGCUCAGCCUCUGCUCCAAGUGUCUCCUUUCUUCUCACUUCUACACCCUGCCAUUAGCCAAGCUCCUGCUGCCGGGGCCCGGUGGGCACUCAGCCGGAGCCAGCGGCAUCGGGGAAGGUUUCAUCCUGUAAAUGGGUUCCCUGUCAUGUUCAAUCAUCAUCAGCGCUGGAGACGCUGCUCGCCGCUUGCCCUGCUGCCCCACCGAGCCUUGCAGAGGGAGCCAGCCUGUCUCCUUGGGAGUGCAGAUGCUGUCAUCCAUGGGUGCCAGCAAUGGCCUUCUGGCAUGGUGCUGACCUGAGAUCAGGGGGAUGGACAUGGGGACCCGUUGCUGGGCAGGUGGGUGGCACUCAGGGUGGCUCACGGCCGGCUUUUCCCCCAGGAACCUGCUGGACAUGGACACUUUCUCCAAAUCCGACCCAGUGGUGGUCCUCUAUGUGCAGGUCUCGGGGAGCAGCGAGUGGAAGGAGUUCGGACGCACCGAGGUGAUCGACAACACCCUGAACCCCGACUUUGUCCGCAAGUUUGUCCUCGACUACUACUUCGAGGAGAAGCAAAACCUCCGCUUUGAUGUCUACAACGUGGACUCCAAGAGCUGCUCUGCAUUAAAGCAGAAGGACUUCCUGGGUCAGGCAUUUGUGGCACUGGGAGAGGUGAUUGGGUCCCAGCGGGGACGCCUGGAGAGACCCCUAACGGGUGUCCCAGGGAAGCGGUGUGGGACCAUCCUGCUGCUGGCCGAGGAGCUGAGCAACUGCCGGGACAUCGUCACGAUGCAGCUGUGCGCCAACAAGCUGGAUAAGAAGGACUUUUUUGGAAAAUCCGAUCCUUUCCUCGUCUUCUAUCGUAGCAAUGAGGAUGGCACCUUUACAAUCUGCCAUAAGACAGAGGUGGUGAAGAACACACUCAACCCGGUGUGGCAGCCCUUCACCAUCCCUGUGCGCGCCCUCUGCAACGGCGACUAUGACCGGACAGUGAAGAUAGAUGUGUACGACUGGGACCGGGAUGGGAGCCACGACUUCAUUGGGGAAUUUGCCACCAGCUACCGGGAGCUCUCUCGAGCACAGAGUCAGUUCACAGUGUAUGAGGUGCUGAAUCCCAGAAAGAAAUGCAAGAAGAAGAAAUAUGUGAAUUCUGGCACCGUGACGCUGCUCUCCUUCUCCGUUGAGUCUGAGUUCACCUUCGUUGACUACAUACGGGGCGGGACACAGCUGAAUUUCACUGUUGCCAUUGACUUCACGGCCUCCAAUGGGUUGCCAUCACAGCCCACCUCGCUGCACUACGUGAGCCCCUACCAGCUGAGCGCCUAUGCCCUGGCACUGAAGGCAGUGGGGGAAAUCAUCCAGGACUACGACAGUGACAAGCUCUUCCCUGCCUACGGCUUUGGUGCCAAAGUCCCACCUGACGGCAAGAUCUCCCACCAGUUUCCUCUGAACAACAAUGCAGAGAACCCCAGCUGUGCUGGCAUUGAAGGCGUGCUGGAGUCCUACCUCCAAAGCCUGCGCACUGUCCAGCUCUAUGGUCCUACCAACUUUGCUCCUGUCAUCAACCAGGUGGCUGGGACAGCUGCCCAGGUGACUGAUGGCUCACAAUACCAUGUCCUCCUCAUCAUCACUGACGGUGUCAUCUCUGACAUGCUGCAAACCAAGGAAGCCAUUGUCACCGCUUCCUCCCUGCCCAUGUCCAUCAUCAUCGUGGGAGUAGGUCCAGCUGAGUUUGAGGCCAUGGAGGAGCUGGAUGGUGAUGAGGUACGGUUGUCUUCCCGGGGACGGUAUGCUGAGAGGGACAUUGUACAGUUUGUGCCAUUUCGGGAUUACGUGGAUGACUCAGGCAACCAGGUGCUGAGCAUGGCCCGCCUGGCCAAGGAUGUGCUGGCUGAGAUCCCCGAGCAGCUUCUCUCUUACAUGAAGACCCGUGACAUCAAGCCUCGCCAGGCAGGUCCCGAGUAGCUCUUCCAUGAGCCAUGGGACUGGCUGGUGAGGCAAGGAUAUAUCACCUUUUUUCUGCCGGUGGUCAGGGCUUAACUAUGGAGAUGUAGCCCCAUUAGGGAGAUAAUCAGCUGCUAUGGUUGGUCAAAACAGGGCUGAGACCACCUCUGGCAGUGAGACCACAGGGCUGGACAUCCUCGGCUGCCUCUUCCUCCUGCCAGAUGUCCUGCAGCCAUGGCGGGACUGUCCCUCGGCAGUGGCAGUGCAGGCAGGGCCAGCACCGGGGAGGACACGGUGUGUGCGUGUGUGUGUCCCGGGAGAGCAGCCUGGCGUCUGCCCCGGGGAAAGGCUGACCCUGAGUGCCUGCCGAGGGUCUCAGCCUCGCUGCUCCUUGGGGCAGCGGCCUCGCCCUGCUCCUGCCUGCGCCCCAUUCCUGCCUGCACCCCGCUCCUGCCUGUGCCCUCUCCUCCGGCUCUGCUAACCCGGGCUGGCCGGCCUGCCUCAUGCCCUGCCCCACGGCCGGGGCUCCCAACACCGCGGGGUGCCGGGGCGGAGGGCAGGCGGGUCUCUACUGCGUUACCGACUGUAAAUAAACUGCUCA